AUGGAAAGCGCCACUAGUGCAGACUUGGUCACAGUAGAGAUAAGGCAGAUCUUUCAGGAGGUUGUGUUUGUCGGAGUUUGUGGCGUCGUCAGUGUUCUUGGCUUCGCUGGCAACAUAAUUAAUAUUGCAGUCUUCAUUAAGCAGGGAUUCAAAGACAAGAUCAACUUAAGCUUAUUUGGUCUGACCAUAGCGGACCUAGCUUGUGUUUCCACCAUGCUGUGGUCAUGCAUAUGCAUCCAUCCACUGACGAUCAGCUCCAGGCAACCAUUCGCUUCAGUAGAUUUCAUGUACCUGACUGGCUCCUGGCCUCACGUCUGCUUCAACAG